UGCCGAUGCAGUCGAAGUGCGAGUGCCGACAACAAUUCAGCAGCAACAACCAAUGCACAACGACGACGACGCGGUAACAGCGAUGCCAGCCCUUGGGUUUUCCUCCAACCUCGAGCAGACAGCCAACGCCUUUCUUGCUGGCGCCGCCGACGGCUCCUUAGCCACCGUAGCUAUGCUACUGGACGACGUCGAUGUCGAUGCAGCCAUGGACGACGACGGGAGCGGCGCGCUCCACCUGGCUGCUGCCGCCGGCCACGUCCAAGUCGUCGACUUCCUCGUGCCACGCAUCGCCGACACGAGCCGACGGAAUAAGAGUGGGCAUACGCCUUUGGGACUCGCCGUCACGCACGGCCAUCUCUACUGCGUCGAUGCACUGCUUCGCCACGACGUGAACCCGCGGGCGCUGGAUGGCAGCCGGCGGUCGCCGCUGUGGUUGGCAGCCCACCAUGGGCACAUGGAAAUUGCAUCAGCACUGCUCGCUGUCGGCGUGCGCGUCGACAUCAUCAGCUGGGCCAAGUGCACGCCCCUCUGUGCUAUUGCACUCAGUGAGACACCGAAUUUCGACCUCCUCCGCUUGCUCCUGGCGCAGCACCCGAAUCCCGACACCGUUGCGGCGGGUCUCGCGACGACUGUGUCCUUUAGCCCCCAUGGCGGUCCGAUCGCCCAACUCUAUAUCGACGCCGGUCUCACAUCGAGCCUCGCGGUUCUCUGCGAGUUCUUGUCGUAUCGACGGCUCGACGGCGCCAUGUACAUUGCAGCCACCAUCGACUGGGCCGAGGAGCGCGAUGCAUUCACAAGCAAAGCAGGCCAUGGCGAUCGCGCGACGCUAUGUCGUCAUCUCGCGUCGGGGGACCCGCUCAUGACGGCGAUCCGCCACGACAUGCCGGAUGCUGUCGCAGUGCUCGCGCCGCUCACGGACGUUAGCAAGUGGGACUAUCUCCACAUAGCGGUCGACGAUGCUCGCAUGGUGACGUCGCUCGUGGCUGCGGGCUGCAACCCCAACCUCCUCGACACGCGAGGACGAAGCGCUCUGCACUGUGCUAUUGUCUCGGGCGCGCUCGAGAGUGUUCGCAUCUUGGCUCCCAUCACAAAAGACGCUGCCCGCUACCGCCACAACGGGCAGUCGCUCUUGGCGCUGGCACUGGCGAGUCCUGCGCGUCAUCGACAGGAUAUCAUCGCGUACCUCGCCGAGUCGAUCCUCCAUGCGACGCAUCUUGUACCGACGUCGGUCUUCUUCUGGCAACCGACGGCCAACACGGUGCUGGGGUCGCCCAAGACGGUUGCCUACGCUGCGUCAGAGCUUGCUUACAUGCACGCGCUCUGCUUCCUCUUGGACGCGCCGUCGUGGCCUCGGCGUCUGGCUACCGCCGACAUUCGAGCCGCCCAACGACGCGUCUCGAUCGACGGCCAGCGCCUCCUUCGCUUCGAAGUUGAGCUGCGCCGCGCUGCCUGCCUCGUUGCUGGGCACGUGCCCAAUACGGCAUUUGGCGUGUACCACACCACGACGUCCCUCGCACCAACGCUGGCUCGGUUUUUGGAGCCGCUCGAGCCAAGAAGCGCGGGAAAUGGUAUCCGUGAGAUCAUCGACCCGAACUUGCACUGCAUUGUGCACGGACUGACGCGCUUUGAUCGCGAGCCGCAUUGUGGCCGCCUUUGCGUCCCAAAGUACAUUGCGAAUGGAACGUCGUCACGCUUCCAGUGGCUCCCGACCACGAUCGAUGUCGACGCUGGCCGUGUCACGCACCGCGCGUACUUCAACAACAUUCCGAGUCGGCACACGCGCCUUCUUGCAGCGCUCCACCAGCUGAUUCAAGAGCUGCGGCCGCUCUGGCAGCUCUCGAUGACAGCCAACGACACGGACCACAUUCCGCAGAUUCGCAUUCCAGUGUCGGCGCCGACACCGGUUUUGCCACCGACGCUGCCACGUGACUUUUUCACGCUGCAAAGUGCCCAACUCGAGACGGCGUCGACGCUGCAGGUGGUCGUGCAAGCGCAAGCGCUCGUCGUGUCGUCGACAUCGCCGACGCAUCAUGGUCUCUCAUGGCAAGCCAACGGCUCGGGGUGCACUAGCGACGGUAUCGUCGCGACCGGCCUUGUGGUCUACGCCGCCGACCACGUCAAAGCGCUUCCAAAGCUUCGAUUUCGGCAAUCGUUUACGCAGCGGGCGUGGGUGCCCGACCCGUCGAACCCGACCACAGAGGUCCCGUGGCACGAGCGCCACUGGUUUGGGUACCAAGAAACAGGUUUUGUGACGCUGCACGUCGGGCGACUCGUGACGAUCCCGACCUGUGUCGACUACUGUCUCUCGCCGUUUGAGCUCGAAAAGUCUGCGUCCAGCGGUGCCCUACGGCUCCUUCGCGUGUACCUCGUGCAAAAAGAGGCGCGCAAGAGGCUCUUGUCGACCGAGUUUGUGCCGCCGCCGUACGAAGCGUUGCCACAACUACCGUUGCCCGAGCCCGUUGUCGACAUCAUUUGGGCCUUUGUUGGGAUCCCGCCGCGGAUCUCGACGGCCCAAGCACACGUGUGGGCAAACCAGGCGCGGGCCGAACGUCUGGGAACGCUGCAAUAAAUAAAAGAUGGCGCGCUACAUGAAACGUAACCACGUGUUUGCGAUAGAAGCGCCGUAGUAAACCAAUGCGGCGUGCUCUGGAUCGUCCAAAAACGUUAGGGAAUAAUGGCUAUUGUACCCUAACCCCAACCUAACCCUCCGUGAAAAAUCCACGAAACACUAAAAAUGGUCGAC